GGCAAAAGAACAUGUCGGUUUCCUUUUCCGUUUAUGUCGUCAACCAGUUGACAGCUGAAAGAUGCCUUCCGUUACAUUAAAAGACGUUGACCAACACAAGUUCGUCAAAGCUUUCUCCCAGUUCCUCAAGAAAACUGGUAAAUUGCGUGUCCCAGAAUGGGUAGAUCUUGUUAAGACUUCCCGUGCCAAGGAAUUGGCACCAUACGAUCCCGACUGGUACUACGUUCGUUGUUCCGCCGUCAUUCGUCACAUUUACUUGCGUUCCCCAGUUGGUGUUGGCACCGUUACCAAAAUCUUUGGUACCCGCAAACGCAACGGUACCAUGCCAUCCCACUUCUGCAGGUCGGCCGGUGGUGUUGCCCGCAAGUGCCUCCAGAGUUUGGAAGCCCUUAAGCUCAUCGAAAAGUCCGCUGACGGUGGCCGCAAAAUCACCUCCCAAGGCAGACGUGACUUGGACCGCAUCGCCGCCCAAGUUAAAGCUAAGGAACGCAAAGCCAUCAGGGCCGGAGUGUUGACUUUGUAAAUUUUUUUUUAAAUAAAAUAUUUAAAUAAGGAAAAAUAA